UUAUUGGAGAUAAUGCCACAAUUAAUUUUGCUUCUCGUUUUAGUGAACUAAAUUGCUUAGCCAAUGAAAUGGUUGAAGAGGGGCUAUCUUCUAAUGAUGCAUAUGAAUUAAUGCGUGCAAUGAUGAUGGAUGCUAUUAAUAAGGUGCAACGUUUGAAACUCACCAAUGAUGAAGAAAUUGGACAAGAUGUGGAAGGACAAUAUAUGAAUGCGGAGUGUUCUCAAGAUAUGGUUCAUGAACCAAGUCAAGCAAGAACAAAAGGAAGGCCUAAGGGGAAGAGGUUAAAGCCAUCGAGAGAGAUCCGCAAAUGUCGGCCUAGGAAAUGCAAAUUGUGUGGAAAGAGAGGACAAAAUCAUGAUAGCAGAAAUUGCCCUCUAAAGUUGUCAAGUGAUUCAAUGGAACAAGAUAAUAUUGAUGAAGCCAUUGAUGAUUUAGAAGAUUCCUGUGAGGAAGAUGAAGUUCUCACUAUUGAGUGAAGUUUGAUCAAGGUUGGCAGAGCAAAUCUAUGAAAUUAAACAGGGGCUGGACCGUUAGGUGGAUUACGUACUUAUCAAAAGAGGUCAAAGGCCUUUGCUUACAGAUAGUGAACUAAUAUGUGUAUGCUGAGAUUACAGCUCUGUGUUUUUGCUGGACCGUUAGGUGGAUUACAGCUCUGUGUUUUUGUAUCUUUAAUCAUUUGUAACGUCAUAUGUCGGUUGUUUCAGUGAUUUGUGCUUGGCGUGUCGCUGAGAUUAAACA